UUAUUCGGGUGUUUCCCCAUCUGGUUCCAUCGCAUUCAUCUCUGCCUUUCCUUUCUUCCUCCUUUCUUCCUUCCCCUUUUCUUUUGCUUUUUCCACUUUUGCUUUUUGGGGAUCGGCGGGUGUCGUUAUUCGUGAUUGGAAGGGAGGGGUGGUUGUUUUCUUUCUCCUUGGUUUUGUUUCUUUGGGGCUUUCUAUUUUGGCGCUACUUUAUUAGGAUCUGAUGUGCAGGGCCGUAUCGAAAUGAGCAGCUUCAAGACGAAGCUCUUGCUCUUUGCUUUCCCUUCUUUCGCUCUGCUUUGCUUUGCCUGAAACCGUAAAGCGCGGUCUUACAUGAGAAAAAUGUUGGACCAAGUUUGAGAGAGAGAGAGAGAGAGAGAGAGGGCAUGUUGUUUCACAUGUACUUUGAUAAAGGAAAGAUGGGAAAUAAAAUAGAGAAGCAGGUGAUCAGAUUCAUGUAGAUGAAAAGGAAAGUGUCUUGAAGUGCACGUCCUCCUCAGGCUCUUUUCUCUCUUUCAGCUUUCCGUUUGGGCGUAGCAGAGAACAGCCAUCGCUGUUUUGUUACAGUGAUCAGUCGAUCUUUUUCUUGGUCGCUUAAAAGCUGGACCAAAGGAGACUUGAGAUGGGUUUUUGGUAUAAGUGCUGACGAGCAAUAAUUAUUGUUGUGCGGAGUCAUAAUUCAGAUCCUUUUGGAGAGGUUUGAGUAUGAAAGAUAAAGGCUCUUCAGAUGGAGUUGGGAAUGGAAAGGUGGUGGUUGUUGCCGUGAAAGCCUCAAGGGAAAUACCAAGAGCUGCAUUGGCGUGGACUUUGACUCAUGUUGCUCAACCUGGGGAUUGCAUCAAGCUGCUUGUGGUCAUAUCUCACUCUUCAAGUAAAAAGAUGUGGAUGUUUUCGAAGUUUGCAAGUGACUGCACCACUGGUCAUCACCGGUCUAUCUCAGAGAUCAGUUUGGAUGAGAAGGACGACAUUGCAAAUUCAUGCUCUGAAAUGAUGUAUGGACUCCACAAUGUCUAUGACCCAGACAAGGUCAAGGUUCGGCUGAAAAUUGUUUCCAACACACCAUGUGGAGUGGUUGCUGCUGAAGCCAAAAGAGUACAUUCAAACUGGGUUAUAUUGGAUAAGCGGCUGAAACAUGAGAAACAGGUCUGCAUUGAUGAACUGCAGUGCAAUCUAGUGGUCAUGGAACGAUCUAAAGCAAAGGUCCUGCGUCUCAAUUUGAUUGGAUCACCAGGGCUUGAUUCAGAAACAUCUCCUUUGUCCUUGGUUGAUAUCGAUGUAUCUCAUGUGGAUGCUAGUCUUGAGUGUGAAGAUAUGAUCAGAGGGCCACUUGUGACUCCCGCAAGUAGUCCAGAACACGAGUCACCGUCCACCACAACUGACAUUGGAACUUCAUCUAUAUCAAGUUCAGAUCAAGUGAACUCCCCAUUUCUCCUCUCUGAAGUCCACAGAAAACUACAGAAUGAGUACAUAGGUAAAAUUGAAGUGAAACGGAAUUUUGAAUAUUCUGACUCCGAUGUAGAAAGUGAAAAGCUGGGUCCUCCUGCCAUGUCAUGGUUGGAAGAUACUUUCAACCCUUUGGAGGAUAAAUCACCAAAGCCCGACGAUAAAGCUUUCUUUAGCACCUACGAAUCUUUGAUGGAUCAAAUUUCUAAUUUGGAGAGAGACCCUGAUAGGGGAAUCAAUUUUAAGCUUGACAUGGACAUAAGCAGAAGCGUUAGGGAAGCAAUUUCGUUGUCCAGAAAUGCACCUCCUACUCCUCCUCCACUAUGCUCAGUGUGUCGACACAAGGCACCUGUUUUUGGGAAUCCACCGAGGUGGUUCUCAUACUCUGAGUUGGAACUUGCUACUGGUGCAUUUUCUCGAGCAAAUUUUCUGGCUGAAGGUGGAUAUGGUUCUGUCCAUCGAGGGGUUUUACCUGAUGGCCAGGUCAUUGCCGUGAAACAGCAUAAGUCAGCAAGUUCACAGGGUGAUGUAGAAUUUUGUGCAGAAGUCGAGGUUUUGAGCUGUGCCCAGCAUCGCAAUCUUGUCACAUUGAUUGGGUUCUGUGUUGAGGAUGGAAGAAGACUGCUGGUUUAUGAGUAUAUUUGCAAUGGCUCUUUGGAUUCACAUCUUUACGGACGUGAUCGGGACCCUUUAUCAUGGUGCGCACGACAAAAAAUUGCAGUUGGAGCAGCUCGAGGGUUGAGGUACCUUCAUGAAGAAUGCAGAGUGGGUUGCAUUGUACACCGUGAUUUGCGGCCUAACAAUAUUCUUCUCACGCAUGAUUUUGAGCCAUUGGUUGGAGAUUUCGGACUUGCGAGAUGGCAACCCGAUGGAGACAUGGGAGUAGAAACAAGAGUGAUAGGGACAUUCGGGUACUUGGCUCCAGAAUACGCUCAAAGUGGUCAAAUCACUGAAAAAGCUGAUGUAUAUUCAUUCGGUGUGGUGCUCGUAGAGCUUGUUACGGGACGAAAGGCAAUGGAUAUAAAACGUCCCAAGGGUCAGCAAUGCCUCACUGAAUGGGCACGGCCAUUACUAGAAAGACGUUCAAUCAGUGAAUUGAUUGACCCGAAUUUGAACAAUUGCUACUCAGAGCAAGAGGUUCAUCGAAUGCUGAAGUGUGCUUCAUUGUGCAUCCGGCGGGAUCCUCAAUUAAGGCCUCGCAUGUCUCAGGUACUACGCAUGUUAGAGAGCGAUACUACCUUGAACUAGACAGAGAAGCAACGAUACUCGCUCGUUGAAUCAAAAAUAUGAAUGGAGCAUGCCUGUCAGCAUGUGGAUGGUAACUGAUGGCAACGCUAGUAUAACUGUGCCUCAGAUAUGGGUAUUGGAACCUAGGUACUAAGCAUUCAAUCUGACAAAUGGAAGGCGAAAGUCCUCAUUGUCAGAAGCAUUUGUAGAAUGUCAUAUUUGGGGUUUGUCAAACCGAGAGGCAGAUGGAAUACCAGGAAAUUUUCUUCGACUUCAUUUGCAACAGGAAUGUGAACUGCCAAGAGAUGGUUGAGGUGGAAACUCUCGUGAGAAAGCACUACUUGUCAGUUUCAUUCAAAAGAAGCAGAAUGGGACGCUCCCAUGUAUUUGCAGCUUGAGUUCUUUCUUCACUGUCUAAAUUGGAAUGUGAUUGCUUUUUUAGCCCUUCUGUAUGAGGUUUAUCUGGCAAAUAUUCUGAGGAAGUAGGCCCCUGAAACUCGAGGCCUGCUUCUCGACACACUCUAGGAAGAUCUUUUCAGACAGCAGUAGUUGCCUGGAAGGAACUGCCUUGGCAAUGGAGUUACUACAGAAUCAGCUCAAGAGCUUCUUUUUCUGGACUUACGUGAUCUGCCAGGAUCUUUUCCCAUGUGUUGCGUGUACAGUGUGUUAGUGACUGGAAGGAGUGGCUCACAUGACCGGGUUGUGCGAAGUGUACCCUGUGAACCAGCCAAGCGAAUGCAGGAAGCUUCUUGCUGAGAAGGAGGCUUUGUCAUUUUCUUGAAGCUCCUUGUAUAUUAGAGUAGAAUGGGUAGCUUGUAUCUUCUCAUAUGCUAAAUUUUUCACUGGAAUGAAAUUUUCACAAUGGUUCAAUGAA